AUGAAGAAUCCCCAUGUUUUUCCCCAGUUUUUCCCGGUUUCCCCAGUGGGAAAAGCCCAUGGCUUUCCGGGAGCCGAGGCGCUUUUCAAGGCGGUCCCCUUAGAGGCCGUGCGUCUGCCGCUGUGGGUGGAGCGGCCGCACCUUCUACAGGAUGCGUUGAGGCCCAUUUUGGAGGCUGUCUAUGCUGCACCUACAGGCGCCUCAGCCUGCCUUGUGGCGCAAGAUUUGGCACAGCUCUGGGAAGCCUUGAGCCAGGGCGGGGCUCGUCAAGCGGUUCAAUCUGCUGGGCGGACAGGUCUGACCACGUACCAAGCCAAAGUGCAGCGUGCCACUGCAGGCUUUGCCCUGCCACUGCUGUCCCACGCCCUGGACCAGCAGCGCCGCUUCGAGGGCGCAGAGGCGGCGGCCAAGCGGGGCCGUGGCAGCGCCACACGCGCCGAAGAGGUGGCCGCCUGGAAGGAAGCGGUGAGUGUACUUCAGCAAGGCUCCACCUCCCUCUUGAACUCCCUGGAAGGGGCAGAGCAUCUGCUGCAGGGACUCUAUGCAUCCUUGCGGGAGCCAUUGCGCAGCAUGUUCAAGGAGUUGCAUGGUGGCUGGCAAAAGCAUGGUCGCUAUCAGGGCGUGACCUAA